GGCGCUGCUGUGGGAGGACCGUGUUGAGUCUUACUGCCGCUCAAACCUUCCGCGCUGAUGUUCGCUCCCUGUUUUGUCUGAAGCACCAGCUCCAUCCCGCUCCCCUCCCCGUUUAUUCUUUAAUCUCAGUCCCUGGGCUGCAGCUUGCCGACCGACCGCCGCGCUGCAGCCACCUGGAGGACCGUGGCGCUGCGGCGCCGGGCCAGCGGAAGACCGAGCCGCUCGCUGACAGCGGUAGGGCAGGACGGAGUGAGACCAUGGAGAUGCUACCAGACCAUGCGAGACAGAGAGUGGGGGCCACAGCGAUGACCCAGAGGUCUGCUAUAUCCAGCAGUGGCACGAAGUCCGAGAAGAAAGGCAAGAAGCAGGUGGUGAAGAAACAGGUGAAGAUGACACAGGACCUGGAGGAGGAACAGAUCAUCUCACAGCUCACCAACCUGCACCUUGAGGAAGACCAUGUUGUUUAUGGAACUGCCCUCACCUAUGAUGAUCGACUGACAGAGCCACAAUGUCUGUGGGACAGUCAAUUUCCAGAACGGCCAGAGAGGGUGACGGCUGUGAUGCAAAAGAUCCAAGAAUAUGGACUCCAGGAACGAUGUAAAGCCAUCGCGGGCCGACUGGCAACCAGAGAAGACCUUUUAUUGGUCCACAGCUCGGACUACAUCGAGCAGAUAAAGUCGACGGAGAAUAUGAGUGAGAAUGAGCUGAGGUCCCUGGCUAGCACCUACCACAAGGUCUUUCUCCACGAGAAGACGUACUCUGCUAGCUGCCUGGCUGUGGGCUGUGUGCUACAGGUAGUGGAUCAGGUGAUGGAGAGACAGGUCAGGAAUGGGAUGGCAGUCGUCAGACCUCCUGGACACAACGCUCUCAGCAACGCCGCCAACGGCUACAGCAUCUUCAACAACCUUGCGAUCGCAGCCAAGUACGCCCAGAAAAAGCAUAGAGCGGAACGGGUGCUAAUUGUGGACUGGGACAUUCACCACGGUCAGGGAACACAAUACGUCUUCGAGGACGACCCCAGUGUGCUGUACUUCUCCAUUCACCGGUAUGAACACGGCGACUUCUGGCCCCACCUGCCCGAGUCGGACUGCACCACCGUCGGGGGAGGCUUUGGCCGGGGCUACAACGUCAACGUGCCCUGGAACAAGACGGGCAUGUCAGAUGCAGAUUACAUCGCGGCCUUCCACAACAUCCUGAUCCCGAUCGCGCACGAGUUCCGACCUCACCUUGUCCUAGUGGCUGCUGGGUUCAAUAGCACCAUUGGAGACUCCCAGGGGAAUAUGCUGGUGUCCCCAGCCUGUUUCGCCCACCUCACUCACAUGCUGAUGCCUCUGGCCACCGGCAAACUGAUCCUGUCCCUGGAGGGAGGCUACAACCUACGCGCCACGGCAGAAUCCGCCUGCGCCUGCCUGAAGAUUUUACUCGGUGACCCCUGCCCCCAACUGGAAGUACCCUACUUGCCCAGGCAGAGUGCCCUGGAGUCAAUAUCCUCCGUCAUUGCUGCUCACCGCAAGUACUGGAAGUGCCUUACGAACCCAGAGACGGGCAUAAUCCGCGACACCAUCCAUGCCCACCCCAGGCAGAAAGUGGCCACCAACGUAGAGGACACACUGGACCACGUCAUGCAGGAGGUGAUGAGACCCCUUGCCCCACAUCGGACCGGGCUGGUGUACGAUGAAGCCAUGAAGGAGCAUUACAACAUGUGGGACCCAGAUCACCCUGAAGACCCACAGCGAAUCUCCCAAAUAUUCGCUCGUCACCAGGAGCUGCAUCUGGUGGAAAGGUGUCUGUCCAUUCCUGCCAAGCUGGCCUCCGAAGCUGACCUGGACCUGUGUCACGACCGGAAGUACAUUAAUGUCCUGAAGACCUCGGAGAGCUCCAAGCCUCGCGACCUGCACCGCCUGUCGUCGGAGUACAACUCCAUCUACAUCUGCACCCGGACCUUCGACAGUGCCCUGAUGGCCGUGGGCUCCACCUUCGGCGUGGUGGAGGCUGUGCUGGAGGGGAAGGUCUCGAACGGGGUGGCAAUCGUUCGCCCUCCAGGCCAUCAUGCGGAGAGUGACCGCGCCUAUGGCUUCUGCUUCUUCAACAAUGUGGCGCUGGCUGCCCGUCACGCACAGAAGCUGGCCAGGAAAGACCUGAGGAUACUGAUUCUGGACUGGGAUAUUCACCAUGGUAACGGGACGCAGCACAUGUUUGAGGAUGAUCCCAGCGUCCUGUACAUCUCACUGCACCGCUACGACCACGGCAUGUUCUUCCCCAACUCGGAGGACGCCAACUACGACAUGGUGGGCAAGGCCAGCGGCGAGGGCUUCACUGUCAAUAUUCCCUGGAACGAGAAAAGGAUAGGGGACUCGGAGUACAUGGCCGCCUUCCAGCGCAUCGUCAUGCCCAUCUGUUACCAGUUUCAGCCGGAGCUGGUGCUAGUCUCAGCCGGAUUUGAUGCUGCCCGUGGAGACCCUCUGGGGGGGUGUCAGGUCACCCCCGAGUGCUACGCUCACAUGACCCAUAUGCUGCUGUCGCUGGCUGGCGGCAAGGUGGUGGUGGUGCUGGAGGGUGGCUACAACUUGACCUCAAUCGCAGAAUCCAUGUCCAUGUGUACGAGGACGCUGCUGGGUGACACGCCGCCCUAUCUCGAGCCACUCGACACGCCCCUCGCCAGUGCCCUCGAGACCAUCAGCAACGUGAUCCAUACCCAUCGGAACUACUGGUCGUGUCUCUGUGUACAGAUUGCUGAACUGGAACCUCCGAACCAGCCCACAAUCAGCCGAGUAGUCCCCUUAUGGGGACAAGAACAAUCGCAGGUGGAGCUACAUGGUAAUGCUUCGGUCAGAAGAGGGUCAUUAUGGGCUCAGACAGAGAGCAGCUCUCACGUGGAGCCACACAGUAUUGCUAUAGUCAGAAGAGGGUCAUUAUGGGCUUCGACAGACAGCAACUCUCAGGCGGCUGAGAUCAGGGAAGAAUUGAAAGAAAGCGGGCAGAUGGAUUCCACCCAAGAGCCCGAACAGGACCCCAAGAUUCAGCAAAAGAAGCACCGUUCCCCGUGGUCUCAAAUACAACUUCCUGCACAUCUCUCGAGCCUGGAAACCGAGGAGCAGCCCUUGCACGCCAAGCACUUUCCGCUGUGGCCCCAAUUGCCCAGCUUGGACAUGACCAAGGAGUCGUUGCUGCAGAGCCAGCGGAAGGAGCGGCACUCCUUGCCCUCCUACACCUCCUGGGAGUACCCGAGGAGUCCUGAGGAGCAGCCAGCCUCGCAGGGGGCCCGCCGGAAGAACCUCGUUGAUCUGGACGCUGAAGCAACUGCAAAUCAGGUCCGCCAGCAGACGGAGGCAUCCAUCUCAGAUCAGCAAGACACGGACCUCUCGUCCAACUCUUCCAAGGGUCAGUCCGAGAGUGAGGAUGAAGCGGAGAGAUGGAAGGGCCGCUGUCCCGUUCCUCCUGUGCCACUGUACAAGCUGACCACGGAGCCGGGGACAGUCUACGCGGUGACGCCGCUGACCAGCUGCCCUCAGCUAAAGGCCGUUCAGCCGGUGCCGGACAGUGGCCUGGACGUGUGGCAACCCUGUCAGGAGUGCAGAGCCGAGGGGGAGAACUGGGUCUGCCUCAGCUGCUAUCAGGUGUACUGCGGGCGCUACGUGAAUGCGCACAUGGAGAGUCACUGGCGCGAGAGCGGACACCCGUUUGUGCUGAGUUACGCUGACCUGUCGGCCUGGUGCUACGACUGUGACGCCUACGUCCACCAUGAGGUGCUGCUGCCAGUCAAGGAGGAGGCACAUCGCAUGAAGUUUGGGCAGGGGAUGGCCGGCUAACAGGAGGGUGGUGGCCGCUGUGUGGCUGGGGGAGGGGCAGUGGUCUCCAGAGCAGCACCCCCCCCCCCCCGACCCACUGCACAGCAGCGGGACACGGGCGCAGGCUGGCUGACAUUGACAGGUGUCCAUCUCCUGGAGCUGCCUGCCCAGUAUCCCAGAGCCCAGAGGCAUUCUGCCGAGGAACAGCACUGUUCCAGAGUUUCUCCUCCGUCGUUAUAUCCAGCAGGAUAUUAGCACAUUCUCAGUUUUCUGAUAUACACACACCCAAACUCACUCACACUGUCUUUCUUUCUUUCUUUCUCUUUUUCUCUUUCCCUCUCCCUCCUUCCCUCUCUCUCUCUUUCUCUCUCAUUCCUUCUCUGUUUAUGUCUGUCUCUCUCUCCUUCUCCACCUCUGCCUCUAUCUCUUUAUCUGUCUCUCAUACCCACAUCACCUAGCAGAAACACAUAAUGCUCACAAUGACACACACACACACACACACACACACACACACACACACACACACACGGAAUGGCCCGCCCUCCCCUUCACACACCAGAAUCCCCGACCACCCCCCCCCCGCCCCAGCCUAGGGUCUCCAUUUUCUUUUUAUGCUGAUUCCCUGUUACCGUGUAACACCUUUUAUUUGUAGAAACAUUGAUUAAAACUGUUGGUGUUUUGAUGAACAUUGGAAACUCUGCAAUUCUGCUGUGCCGUACAGUUGGAAUCUUCAGUCCGUGACCACUGCCCUCUGGGAUCUCUGUUGUACACUUCACCCUCUCGGGCCACUCCACCGUCAAGUCGGAGUCAGACAGCGUGUAAACAGGCCUUUUGGCCCAACCUUUCAGUGCUGACCAUCGAAGCCCGCAUUUGGCCAGUAUCCCUCCAAACCAGCGGUUCCCAGCCAUUGACCCUUUGUUUAAUGGUGUUGGUCCGUGGCAUAAAAAAAGUUUGGGAACCCCUCUUCUACCCCUUUUCUGCUCAAGAACCCGUUCAAGUUGGACUUUAUUAUGAUAUACAUUUGUACAUCCAAACAAAACAAUGUUCCUCCAGACCACAGUGCCCCCACAACACAUAUAUCACACACAGCACAUAAAACAAAAUUAUUACCCUAAAUAAGUGAAUAAAAUAUAAUUCAGAAUGCAUGUGAAGUACAAUAAACAGUGAACAGCUCGCUGUUCCAGU